CACCAACCAGCCGAUUCUUCCUCGUCCUCGGCCCAGGUAGCGCUAAGGAUGGCUGCUCUUCUGAACAGGCUGACACUACAAACCUCAAUUAGAACAUGUUUCAGCAAACACAUUGUGAAGUCAGACCCAGCACAGCUGUCCCUGGCUUCUUGCACCCCAAAGUUCUUGCACCUCAUCUGGGCCAAAGAUUUCAGUACUGAUGGAGACACCCUCAGUGAGAAGAGACAGAAAAGGAAAGAUGCUUUUACUAACACUGGAAGGAAAAUUAGUGAGCGGGUUAUCCGCGUCCUGGAUGAGAAAGGCAAUGACCUGGGAAUGAUGCACCGAGCAGAUGUGAUCAGACUCAUGGACAAGCUGGACUUAAGGUUGGUGCAAAGGAAUGCCAGUUCAGAGCCACCCAAAUACCAGCUCAUGACUGGAGCACAGAUCCACCAGGAGCGGCUAAGGCUUCGUGAACAGGAAAAGACCAACCCCAAAACUGGACCAGCUAUGACAAAGGAGCUCAUUUUUUCUUCAAAUAUUGGACAGCAUGAUUUAGACACAAAGAGUAAGCAGAUUCAGCAGUGGAUUGAGAAAAAGUACCAUGUUCAAGUCACAAUAAAGAAGGCGAAGAAUGCUGAGCAGCCAGGGAAUGAGAUGGAUGAGAUAUUUAACCAGAUUCUCCAGACUAUGCCUGGGAUAGCCACCUUCUCAAGCAGACCAAAAGCUGUUAGAGGAGGAACCGCCUCCAAGUGUGUUUUUCGUCCCUUGAGCAAGAAAGAAGAGAAGGCGUACAGAGACUCUCAGGAGACUGAGGGAAGAGACACUUUGAACAAAGAUGACAGAAACAAGGAAUCAGGUGUUCUGUGUCAGGAACUUUAAUUAAAAAAAAACAAAAACAAAAAACCCAGGUUUGUGCAGAAGCUCCUGUUGGCUGCCCUGGAGUUCCUCACACAGCCUGUGGUACUAGUGCAGAGUAAAUGAUGUAGCUGGCACCAGCAUCUUGCCUUCCGGGCUGCUGCUGGACUCUGCGCUUUUAGACACAGGGCAGUCUGCCUCCUGUUUCCUUUUAGGAGGGAAGUACCCACUGAGGCGAGAGGCCAAGCUCCGUCUUUCCCGAGGUGGCUUUACCUUUGGGAGUUAAAAGGAAACAGACAACUGAAUUACUUGUGUCACAACAUUAACCAUUGGAUGGACUCCCACCAUUCAACAGGUGGGCACAGACAUGCAGUGGGGCAGGUGGCAAGCAGACAGCAUGCUGAGGGCUGGGCCCAGCAGCUCCACUUACUGUGAGCUUCACCCUCUUCCGGUCAGGAUCAUGCACGACGCUGUGCCUCAUAAGGCUUUGCUGCAGUGCAGGAAAAAGAAGCUUGGUCAGGGCUGGAGAGAUGGCUCAGUGGUUUGAGCAUGUGCCGCUCUUGCAGAGGACCUGGGUUCAGUUUCCAGAAACCACAUGGCAGCUAACAACCACCUGUAUGCUGGUUCUAGUAAUUAGCUUCUUAAAAAAUUAACGACUCUUGGUGUCUACUGGCAUUAAAAUGUCAUGAGAUGGUGUAAUAAACUACCAGCUGCCUUUC